AGUCCCACUUGAAAUAAGAUUCAGCAUGCAAGUUGAGGUGUCCAGCCCACUGCUCACUUCCGCAGCCUCUCCUGGGCCGUGGAGUCAGUCCUUGUUUGCUUUCAUGCCCUCCUGGCCCGGGAAGACUUUCCUGAAAGCAGAGUCCCCUCGAACACACCAUUUGUCUGGAGAUGUUUCAGGAGGAGCUCUGAAGACUUCAGGGAGCGGAGUCAUUUUCCAGAAAUGCGCCCUGGUGUCUGGGCACAGCAACCCACAGACCGUGCAGGUGCGGCUGCUGGUAGACAACGUGAAGACGUCUUCGUCGGCCAACCUCUCGGAUCUGCUCCUGCUGGACAACAUCACUGGCCUCACCAUCAGGGAUUCGGGGGGAAAUAGGACCGCGGAUGGAUUCCAAGCUUUCGGGAAGAAGUUUCUGGAAGCUGGAGACUCCUACUGGGUCAGCUACACGGCCUCGAUGGACGCCAGAGCCCUUGGGACCGGGAACAGCCUGCUGCUGCCUGCCCAGCUCACCUUUCGGAGCUGGCCACCGAACAGGACACAGCUGAGAGCCCACUUCAGCAUCACAGUGGAGGAGAAGAUAACGGUUCUGCCCAACCACGGGCUCCAUGCUGCUGGGUUCUUGGGAGCCCUCCUUGUGUCCCUCGUGCUGACCUGGGUGGCACUGUUGCUGGUGACACGAUGCUGGGGUCUGAAGGGAAGCAUCAGCGCCAGACCUGGGGUGCAGCACCUCGAGAGCAGACUGGAGCCCUCGCUGUUCACCUCGGCCGGUGUGAACGAGGACCUUGCCCUCAACGACCAGAUGGUGGACAUCCUGUCUUCUGAGGACCCUGCGGACAUGCUCCAAGCCUUGGAGGAGUUGGAGAUUGCAACCCUGCACCGGGCAGAUGCAGAGCUGGAGGCCUGCCGCGGCCAAGUCAGCAAGGACCUCUUGGCCCUCCUCCUGAAGAGUCUGACCAGCAGGGGCCACCUCUCCCCUCAAGCGGAAAGGAGAAUGGGUGCUGCUUUCAAACAACAGUUCCUGCUGCUGGACAGCGAAAUCCGAGAGGAGUACGACCGGAAGGUGUUGGCACUGACAGCUGAGUGUGACCUGGAAACCAGAAAGAGGACGGAGAUCCAGUGCCAGAGGGAGGUGGUGGCGAUGGAGGAAGCAGAGGAGCUGCUGCGGCGUGCCAGUGAGAGGUCUGCUGCUGAGUGCAGCAGCCUCCUGCGGAGCCUGCAUGGCCUGGAGCAGGAGCAGCUGCGGCGGUCCCUGGCUGUGCAGCAGGAGGAAGACUUCGCCCAGGCUCACAGGCAGCUGGCUGUUCUGCAGAGAAACGAACUGCACAGGAUUUUUUUCACCCAGAUAAAAAGUGCUGUUGUUGAGGGGGAGCUGCGGCCCGAGGCGGCCGAGCUGCUGCUGCAGGAGUAUUCGAAGCUCCAGGAGAGCAUCGAUGAGCUCAUGGACUUCUUCCAGGCCAGCAAGAGGUCUCAUCUGAGCAAACGAUUCGGCCACAGGGAGUACCUGCUCCAGAACCUGCAGUCCACCGAGACCCGUGCGCAGGGCCUGCUGGCCGCGGCCGCAGCCCAGCUGACCCAGCUCAUCCAGAAACACGAGAGGGCGGGGUACCUGGACGAGGACCAGACGGAAAUGCUGCUGGAGCGAGCUCACACCGAAGCCUUCUCGGUGCGGCAGAAACUGGACAGCAACUUGAAGCAGGAGAAGAAAAAGCUGCAGCACAAACUCAUCACGAAGAGGAGGCGGGAGCUGCUGCAAAAGCACAAGGAACAGCGCAAGGAGCAGCUGUGUGUGGGUGAGGCUUUGCGUGCUGCGGAGGAUGCUGGCAAGUACCUGCAGCAGUGGCGGAGCCUGGUGGCCGAGCACAGUGCUGCCCUGGAGGAGCUGCAGGAGCAGCUGGACCAGGCCGCCCUGGACGAGCUCCGGGCCUUGACGCUGUCCCUGGCUGAGAAGGCCACCGAGGAGCUGCGACGGCUGCAGAACUCGGCCAUGACGCAGGAGCUGCUCAAGUGCAGCGUGCCCUGGCCCUUCCUGCAGCAGAUCCUGGAGGAGCACGGCCAGGAGAUGGCAGCCCGGGCUGAGCAGCUGGAGGCUGAGGACAGGGCCCGGGGCCAGGAGGGUGUCCAGAGUGUGCGGCAGCGGCUGAAGGAUGACGCCCUGGAGGCCUCCACUGAGGAGCAGGCAGAGCUGAGACGCUGGGAGCACUUGGUCUUCACGAAGCUGUGCUCCUCAGCCUUCUCACUGUCCGAGGACGAGCUGCUCCAGAUGAGGCAGGAGGUCCACGGUUGCUUCGCCCAGAUGGACCGCAGCCUGGCUCUCCCCAAGAUCCGGGCCCGGGUCCUGCUGCAACAACUACACUCCGCUUGGAGGGAAGCCGAGUUCCUGAAACUGGACCAGGCCCUGGCCACCCCUGCUGAGCCACAGCAGCCGUCCAAGGCGAGAAAGCCACGCUCCAAGGGUAAGAGCCGGGCAGACCUGCUGAAGAAGUGCAUUGAGGAUAAAAUUCACCUGCUGGAGGCACAGGCCCCGGAGGACCUGGCAGAGAAGGUGCGUGGGGAGCUGCUGCGGGAGCGAGUACAGCGGCUGGAGGCCCAGGAGGGCCGCUUCGCAGAAUCGCUCGUGGCUCUGCAGUUCCAGAAGGCCGCCCAGGCAACCGAGACCCUGGCUGCCUACAGUGCCCUGCUCAGCAUACAAGACCUACUCCUGGAGGAGCUGGGCGAGUCCGGGACCCUGACCAAGGCAGCCUGCAUCCAGGUCCUGGAGUCCCACAGCCCGGAACUGGAGGAGCUGCAGAGGAAGCUGGAGGACCGGCUGGCACAGCAGGAGGCCACUCAGCAGCAGCAGGCCCUGGCAAGCUGGCAGCACUGGGUGGCUGAUGGGCCCGAGCUUCUGAGUGAGCCCGGGGCAGAGGACUCCACAGGGCAGGUGUCCGCCACCCUGCAGCAAGCCUUGGGCAAAAGCCAGAAGUUGCUGGAGCAGCAGCAGCAGAGGAGGAGGGAGGAGCAACGGAGCAGUGCCAUCCUGGAGGACCUUCUGGAAAAGCUGGAGACGGACACCAUUGGGGCACUGUGCAGCCAGGAGCUGAGACUGGCAUGCUACCUGUCCAAGAUGACCAUGGUGCCUGGGGCCACCCUGCGCCGGCUGCUGGCCCUGCUGCUGCCCGUCGCCCCGCAGGCCCAGCUGCUGGUCCUCCUGGACUCAGCCAGUGAGAAGCAUCCAGACCAUGUAGCCGAGAGCGCCGGCGGUGGGGAGCAGGCUGAGCUGAGCAGGAAGCGGAGGCACCAGGACUGGUGGCGAAGCUUGGAAAGCAGCCUGCGGGCGGAGCUGAGAAGCAGAGGGUCGGACAGGAUGCUGUGGGCUCGCCACAGGAAGGAGAGCAUGUUAAAGAAGACGUGUCUCCCACUCAGAGAGAGAGUCAUGUUCUCUGGGAAGGGUAGUUGGCCCCAGCUGUCUCUGGAGCCCGUCGGUGAGCCAGCCGCUGUGCCCAUCGUCGGGGUGGACACCAUCGAUGUGUUAAACACAGGGGAGAAGCUCUUCAUCUUCAGAAACCCACAGGAGCCGGAGAUCUCACUGCAUGCCCCUCCCAGGAGAAAGAGGAAGAACUUUCUGAACACCAAAAAGGCCAGUCGGGUCUUGGCAACAGCCCCACCGGAGGGGGAGCCCCCUGAGAGCUUCUGAAGCUGCUGUCCAGGUGCCUAUGGACAGAUCUCAUGUGCACCUGCCGCCCACCUGCCUGUGGGCAGGGCUCAUGCAUUCCUGCCGCC